UCCCGAUGAAGUGGGAGUCCUGGUACUUACAAUCACAUCACAAUAUUCAAUCUGUAUUGGAAUGAAACACGUACGUUUGUUUGUGCUAUGGGAUAUUACACACAACAUAAUAUGAGCUUUGUAAAGACAUAGAGGAUCCAUCACUGGAAAAAUAAUCACUGGUAAACAAGUGAUAAAUUAUUAAUUACUCUACGAAAUAAUGUACUGUUCCACCGUAAUCCUCCGGCCACCUUCAGGGCAUCUCUGCUUAUCUGACCCCUCAAAAUCCCAUAAUAACCAGAAGCCAUGAAGAGUUUGUCAGCGGGAGAUUGCACAUUAUUAAAGAACGAUACAGAGAAAUAGAGAGAAGUCACAAAGACGGAAUAUACGCGCUGAGUGCAUGCCAAGGACGAAGCAAUGACAAAUAGCUUUACUUAGAGGAUAAUGGCUUCCACCAGAAUCCCCUGGAGAUCUCAGUAAUAAAGAUAAGUGAUGGAGUGUCUUCAUGAAUUACAGCAUCCCCUCCUGGAGAGGUCUAUGGGAACAGGCAUGCUUACCCCUCUCCUCUCUAAAGACAGUGGGGGAGGAGGAUUUAUUUGGAAAUGUCUUCCACACCGAUCCCAGCAGGGAGCAGAACUGACCCAGCAGUUUCUGGAUCCGGGAAGCCUGCGUAGAACUGUGGAUUCUGGGGUUGGAAGGGUUGCGGAUGUCUCUUUCUGGAGGUCUGCAGAUCCCCGGGUUUGGAGGGGAAAAGUCUAUUCAGAGACAACUUUUGUGGAUGCUCAGGGGAGCCCAGACAUGUGCAAGAAGUUGUUGUACUCUCCAGAAAAGGACAUUCAUACAGUCUCUUGUGAUGUAAAGGAAGAGGACGUUCUGGAUCUGGAGAAUGACUCUUCCAGUGACAGCGACACAGACAGCGAGAGCCACUUCUCUCUCCUCCUGCCCCAAGAUUACCUCGGGCUGGCUGUGUUCUCCAUGCUCUGCUGCUUUUGGCCCCUGGGCAUCGCUGCCUUCUUCCUGUCACAGAAGACCAACAAGGCCUCAGCCCAAGGUGACUACCAUGGUGCAAGCGUGGCUUCCAGACAGACUUUCCUGCUGGCUGUUCUCUCGAUCUUCCUGGGCAUUUGCACCUACGUGGGUGCUGUGGUAGCAUUAAUUGCCUACCUAUCCAACAGAGCCCCAACCUAGGGGACUGAGCACUAACCUGGAGAACUUUACUCCUCCAAAUGGGACCACUGCUCACCCGUCCGUUCCCGGGGGAGAGCACACUGGAACUUCCUGGUGGGUCUGAUGUCACCAGGGUUAUUCCCACCACAGAGCCUCACUUUAUAAACUCAUGAUGUCCAAUUUCCUAAUCAUGUUAUUUAUCUUUUAAACUGACUGAACUUUCUUUUUAUUUUGCUCCGGGCUGGAUUAAUUAUAGAAAAUUUACCACAGUUUCAUGAGACACGAUGAGUGGGCAACCAGUAGCUGCUGACAGGGGAGGAACUGUACAUAAAUAUCACAUCUUCCUUUCUUAUUCAAGUAUUCAAAGUUUUGAUUGAUAUUUAAAGGAUAAUUCAACCAAAAAAUGAAAUUCUGAAAACUUGGUGCCAGUAGGCUAAUUACGUGGGGCCCAGCACUCAGGCUAUCUGGUGGGUGCCCCGCAGUACAUGGACCCUCCCAUCCUCUGAACAAAGACCAUGUUGGUAGCAGGAGGGAGUCCCGUCUGCCCACCACCCUCUCCUCUUCACUGCUGCUGGCCUGUUCUGUUAUCAGUCACCAUGGGAGUGAGUGGAGCUCACAAGGGGUAUGCAACGGUAUGGCGGGGCCGGAUUCCAGGCUGUCAUUAUACCGAUGCCAGGAUCCCGGCCGCCAGAAUGCAGGCAGGGGGGGGGGGGCGAGCACAACGAAGACCCUUGCGGGCAUGCUGUGCUCGCCACAGGUUCUAUUCCCACUUUAUGGGUGUCGUGGACGCCCAUGAUUGAGACUUGCCCCUGUCAGCCGGGAUUCCGGCUGUUGGCAUUGUCAGUGGUCCGGAUUCCGGUAUCCGUAUCCUGACCUCCAGGAUCCCGACUGCCGGCAAUGUAACCGCAUCCCCUCAAAAGAUAGCUGGGGACCCCCCCCUUCCCCCCAAUUACAGUGAAUGCUGAAUCCCAGGUAAGUAACAUUCCGGGACCUGGUUUUACUUAGACUAUUCCACCGAAAACUGAAUUAUCCUAUAAAGAUAUUGCUGCCUGUCUGACUUUUUUCUAAUUAAAAUUUGUAAAUAAAGUGAAUGUUCAUGGGAAGGACCAAUGCACUGCCCGUCUCUUGCUGAGAAAUCAUUUCACUCCUUUGUGCUAAUUACUGAGCCUGUACUAAUAUUAAAUUAUGGCUGGAUUUGCAUAAUAUUGAUUUGAUUGUUUUUAAACCCUGAGUGUAUAAACUGAUGUUACAGCUA